AUGUCUCCCUCCAACAAGACCACCCACCGUGGGGCUGAGCAACCUACUGUUGCUUCCAAUCCCAGACAUGAAACUACCACUCUGCCCAACUUCACCUUCGGAUUCAGCAGCGCAUCCGCUUUCGACUUUCACAUACUCCCCAGCCCCACCCGACUACCUCCCGUCGUCAGGCGCGAAGACGCUACGAUAGGCACCCGGCCUGAACCUGCACUGCAGUGGGAGUCAGACCUGGAGUACUGCAUCGAGGCAGGGACGGUCGGCGAGCUGGACGCCGAGCGCGGAUGUGCUUGCCGCUCUUCCACUACUCCCCCCUCCCCUCCUCGUGUUCCAGCCCAUACUCUUUAUCCCCCUCCUUCUCCUCCUUGUGGUCUUACUCCUCCGUCUCCCCCGUCCAGUCCUCCUCACACCAAGAUAAAUGGUGCUACAUUCUCCCCCCCCCCUCUUCCUCUUCCUCCACUUCUCGCGGGAAGGCGGGCGUUGAUGGCGUCCCGAAAAUUCUAA